AUCUUUAAUGGAUGUGGGGGUGUCUGAAUAUCAGUAUAAAUACCAGCACUUCACAGCAGAAGAACAUCUCACUCAGCUGACGGUCUCUGAUCAUCUCUGCUGAGGUCUAGGCCUUUUGAACUUCAUCAUGACUACUCUGCCUGAAGUCAAUGCCAAAUUUGCUGUUGACGUUUACCACUCAUUGAGGAAGGAGCACCCAUGUGAGAACCUUCUGUUUGCCCCUGUGAAUGCUACCUCUUCUCUUGGUCUGCUUGCCCUUGCAUCUGGAUGUGAACAGGCAGCUGAGAUCGAGAAGAUCCUGCACUGGGAUGAACUGGAAGAAUGUGAUGGAUCCAAACACAAAAGAUAUAUUUCCGCAGCCAGAAGCUUUGGAAGAUCAGCAAUCACACUAAAGACACAACAGGCACAACAAAGAAGUGAAUCCUGCCCCAAGGCAAGACCCCGUCCUGAACCAGCAUGCCAAAGACCAAGAGCCCGUCCUGAGCCCGAGUGCUCUCCUUGUCCUGAAAGAAAUGUUCCAGAUUAUGAGUGUGAGUCACCCGAAGGAGUCCAUACUGCAUUCAGCAAAAUCCUUGCAACCCUGAAUGCACCCAGCACCAACUAUACUCUGAAUUUUGCCAACAAACUCUAUGGAGACCAUGUCAUUGACUUCAUUGAGAAAUUUAUUUACUGUGCUCUGAAAUUGUACUGGUCAGAAGUGGCUGAAGCUGAUCUGAAGAAUGCUCCCGAAGAAGUGAGGAGAAUCAUAAACCUUUGGGUUGAGGUCAAGACACAAGGUAAAAUCAAGUGUCUCCUCCCCAAGGGCAGCUUUGACUGUCUUGCUCAGCUCCUGAAAGUGAACGCUCUCUACUUCAAGGGAGAAUGGCAUGUGAAGUUUGACAAAGCACUCACAGUAGAAGCCCCAUUUUACCCACACUGUGCAGAUGCGAAAACUUGCUAUUCUGUGCAGCUGAUGAACAGGAAGGGUAUUUUCAACACAGCUACCUUUAAUAUUUGCGAAACUCAAGUGCAAGUGGUUGAGAUCCCCUACAAAGACCAUGAACUGAGCUUGUUCGUUUUGCUCCCACUGGAUUGCAGCCAAGAAGCCCUUGAACAGCUGGAAGAUGCCCUGUCCCACGAGCAUCUGCUUGACUGGUCCUGCCACCUGAAGCCCGAAGAGGUAGAUGUUUUCAUCCCCAAGUUCAGCUUGGAAAAGAGCCUUUACCUCCAUGAAUACCUAGCUCUGCAUGAUCUAGCUGAUCCCGAGAAGGCUGAUUUCUCUCGAGCUACAUGCACAGACGGAGUUGCUCUUACUCUGCUGGUCCAUGAUACUUUCGUUGAGUUCGAUGAGGAGGGUGGUGAAGAGGCAGCUGCUAGCCCACGUUGCCGGGAUAGGCGUCAAAAUCGGGAAGUCCUGGAGUUUGUGGCCAACCAUCCCUUCCUGUAUUUUAUCCACCACAAUUGUACCCAGAGCAUCCUUGCCCUUGGCAGAUUUGCAAAACCAGAAUAAAGGAACUCCUGCGAUCCAUGUAGGGAAACUAAUGGAACACAGAUACGUUUUUGACCAUGGCAGUCCUCUGGAUCUUCUUGCUCUUUGCUUCAUUCUCUAUAAUGCAAUUCAUUCAAGAGAUUGGAGGAAAGAGACUUUUUACCUGGUGGUGGGCUUGAUUCUCAUAUUGGGACAGAGCUUUGUGCCCCGUCUACUCUGCAUUUCUUUCUCUGGCCAUUUAUAUCAGUUCAGCUUUUUGUAGAAUAGCUUUCCUCCUGACCUCGAGAAAUGGCCUUAGCUUUUUUAGCAUGGCAGUUAUUUUUAAAAGUUUGCAGUUUGGAAAGGGGAGGGAACUUUUGUCUCUUAAAAACCUUUAAAGAAACAUAAUAUCCAGAGGUGUACUUUUACCUGGGACUUUUACCUGUUCUGGGAGAGGUGCCUUAGGAUAGUUUUUGUCUCAGGAUGGGUUGUUUUAGUGAAAUAGGAAAUGUGGUGGCAUAUGUCAUUCACUUUGAAAUCUGCUAAUCUGAAAUUUACUGAAUUCCAAUUCCAAUUUGUAGUGCAAAAAGGCUUAGUCUUACUUUGUGGUGGGAUGCCCUACCUCUUGGACUGCCAACCUUCCCUAUCAUUGUCUAAAGUCAGCAUUAGAUGGUUAUUAGACUUCUUGGAGUAAGCCUGGUUGAACUGGGUGGUUCUUUCUUUUGUGUAGACACAUAUGGAUUUGUGCUUUUAAACUGUAGACUUUAACUUCAAUUUUUAACAGGGAAAACAUUGUGAGUGAAAAUCUUUCUUUGUAACAGGAAACUGUUGUUUUCCUUUGAAAUAUGUGGACCUCAAUCUCUCUCUCUCCUCCUCCUCCUCCCACAACUCAAACUGUAUUUUGCCAAUAUCUUAAUAAAGAAAGCAUUUAAUAAAA